AUGCUUGCAGAAAAAGCACUAGACUUGGUGCGCGAACUGCACAGGUCACUGGGUGGAACAUUGUCCCCAUAUAAUGAGGACAAAAUACGGCAAGUUUUGGAAGAAAUGCAAACACUGUAUGACCAGAACAAAGAUGGCGCGCAGUUUGCUGCAGAAGGCCAGACUGACCUAAUUUCUGCCAUACAAGUUCGGCAUGCUGGCAUUCAGAGGAACAAGAGAUGUUUACUGGCAUAUCUGUAUACAAGACUGGAGCAGAUACGGAAGAUGCGCUGGGAGUUUGGAAGUGUUCUACCGCCAGAUGUGAAGUACAAUAUGUGUGAACAGGAGGUUCAGUGGUUUAAUCAGUACAAUAGGUUGUUGGCAAACUACAUGAGGUCUGUUGGAGAAAGUGGGGGGCUAGACCUCACCCAAGAUAUGAAGCCACCAAAAACCUUGUAUGUGCUGGUACGGUGUAUAGCUGAUCAUGGAGAAUUUGAAACUCAGGAUGGGAACACGGUUUUGUUCAAGAAAAACAGCCAGCAUUACCUGCUGCGAUCCGAGUGUGAGCAUCUGAUCAGACAAGGUGUGCUGGAGCACAUUAUCCAGUGA